UCUUCACUGGUUUUCCGCGCACGUUACUGUCAUCGACUGCGCCGGUUUGAAAACAGUGGUUAUUAAGACCCAAUUUAAGCAUAACGGAAUACACACCUCAAUCCAAAUCCAUCCUCUGCACUGAAAUAAUGGAGACAUUAUCAGUAGAAAGAAUUGGGCCUCCGCACAGAUUUCGGUCCAUGGAAUUCGAAUUCCGCAGCAAUUCCCCAUCUUCUGGCGGCUUCUAUUUCAGCGCACCCACAAGCCCUGUUCGAUCAACCGCUAUUUUAUCGGAUUUCGCCAAGUCGAUCAGAGCCGUGGUGCCUUUCGGGUGGGAGGAGAAGCCCGGAACGCCAAAGAAGAACGGGGGCAAAGAAGACGGCGAAGAAUCUAGCGAUGAUGAUGGCGAUUUCGAGUUUUGCAAGGGAUUCGUGGUGUCGGAGGAGCGGAGGAAUUCGGUGGAAGUGUUGACGGCAGAGGAGCUUUUCUCCAAUGGCCAAAUUCGGCCCCUGCGUCUACCGCCUCGCCUUCAGAAGAGCUUCGAUUUCGAGAAGCCCACCGGGAGUUUCAAAAAGUGGGGCUCUUCAAAAUCUUUGACGCCACGGUCGCCGCGUUCGCCAUUGAAGGAGGGACAGAGGAUUGUGAAGGAGGCGCUUUGGAGGAUCACUAAGCGGGGCAAAGGCGGCGAUUUUGAUCCUUUUGCGGCGGCGCUGAAGGGCACAGUGGGGGAGGAGCACCGCCGGCGGGGAUUGGAUCGUUCCCCUGGGCGGAGAGGGGGGCGUUCGUGUUCUCCGCUGGGAAGUUUCAACUGUAGCAGGGGCGAUGGCCCUGAGUUUUCAUCGGAGUCCAAGUCCGGCAAGAGACGGAAUUUGAAGGACUUUUUGAUCAGGAAGGGGAGGAGAGGGUGGAGUUUCUUCAUGGCUCUGGCCCCUGCGAGGCACCUGAAGAAGCAGCAGCCAUAUAUUAAUAUUGCAAAUCAAAUUCAGUACAGAAUAGGUUGAGGUUUCCAGCACUCUGCUUUCCUGACAGAGAACCGCUCCUUACUCCCAAACUGUGUGGAUACUUCGAUGGUUUGUUUUGAAAACUGUCAUGAUCUCUUUCUUUUCGCGAUUUCACCUUCUUCGUCAUAGAUCAUAGAGUUUGAUCUGGUAGGGCCUUCCCCCUUACCCCCUCCUAUUUGGUUUGGUCCCCCGAAGCUCACGUAGAGGGUCCUCAGGCCUCUGGGCUAUAAGUGCCUAGUGGUAGUUCUUAGCGUGAUACGCCCGGGAAUAUGGCGCACAAAAUAUCUAUAUAAUUUAAUUCAGAAAAUCAAUAGCUAAAACUGUUCUGCCCCAUCUAUCCAGAGAAUGUGCCUAUAGAGUUUUGAAGGUAACUCUUUCAACUUUGCAAAUGAGUUUUUUAAAUGAAAAAAUCUAUAAUAAUUAUUGUAACUUUAA